CAUGCACAAAUUAACUGGCGCAAUAACUACUGAAGGAAGGAGCUAUUUAUUUUUUUUGCAGAACAAGCUAAAUCAAGAACUGCAAUGCCCAAUAUAGAGAUUUUUUUGGGACUUGGAAUGGACAAAAACAACGAAAAGGGUAUGAUUUAGAGACGUACUCAUUUAUACCGACCAAGAUGCAAAGUGGUGAGUCGAUUAAAUCAGAGGGAAGUUCAUUUAUACCGAUCAAGACACAAAGAGGUGAGUCAAUUCAAUAAGAGGGAAGUUUUCAGAAUCUGUUUCUUUUCCGUUCCUUUCUUUUCUUUUCCUUGCCUUUCUGUGAUGGUUAAUGUGAGUGGUGUGGUCUGUGAAAUGAAAAUUGGGCAUAUGUUUUUCAAAAAAACUGUUGGCCUGUUCUUCUGUUGGAAACCAAAACAUACCUACAAAAGCAAAACAACAAAAAUCCAUGGCCUGCUCUUUGGAGUCCCGUCUAAUUUGCCUGCUUUGAUUUUAUCUUCAAAUUUCCUCUGAAUAUUAUAUUUUUUAUUAUAAUAUUAGUUGGCUCAUUAAAAAAGCCACCUCUCGAAUCCAUCGAUGGUUGAAUCUAUAAAGAAUUUAAGCUUUUUUCUCGUACUUGAUUGUAUGUAUACACUUUUUGCUCUACAUAUUUCAACUGCUAAAAACUGCCACUCCAAACAUGUUACACAAAUUGUUCGGCAUCCGGAAGCAUAAGCCGCCACCGUCAUCAUCGCGCUGCCUAGUUCCGGCAAAACCUGCCGCCACUCCGGCAGUAGAAGAGAGGUCUUCGGCCUUGAAGAUCAUCCAUGCUGGUGGCCGUGUUGAGAACUAUUACAUGGCCAUCCCGGCAAACCGGAUUACGGCUAAGUAUCCUUCUUUUAUACUUGCCCGGCCGGACGUUUUCCGGCGGCCGUGGGACGCAGUGGUCCGGCCAGAAGAGAUCCUCGUCCCAGGUCAAAAAUUCUUCGUUGUUCCUCGCCAGACGUUGAAGAAGCUCCAGAAAAGAAUCCGGAAGCCCAGCAGCGGAGAGCGCUGGACUCACUCCUUUGUCUCCCAAUCUUCCGUUGAUGUCUCAGUUGAGGUUGUUUCCCGUCAGAAAGAUGACUUUUCUAGCAAGUCCUUCCAACAAAGUAAUAUUGGUAUUUCAAGCGUCGCAACGUUGAAAAGUAAUGAAAAAACUGGUAUUCGGGUUCGUCGCGUGCGAUUCUUUGGCAUUGAUACGAAGCAUGACUCGGAUUCGAUUUCAAUGGAGAAGGAGGGAGGUGGAGAGGAGAAUCCGAAGAAGGGCUCGGAAAGUCAGCAUGGAGGAGGGAAAAGGAGGGUACGGAACAUGGUGACAUGGAACCCGACACUGACAGUGAUCAAAGAGACUCAGGGCGCCAACGAUUGAUGCUUUUUUUUUGGUGUGUGUGUGGAUGUGUUGUUGAAUUUUGAUGGGUCUAAUCUAAAGUUUUUUCUCUGUACAGAUUAACUAGACUUCCGGUUUUUUUCAUGAUUCAAUAAUAGCACAUAUAUGUUGUUGAAAAAAAGUUCGAAGAAGAAUCAAAACGCAAAUGCAGGGUUAGUCCAGAGCAACUCAUUAUUAUCUAUUGCGUUCAAGUAUGUUGUAGACUUUGGAUCUAGAUUUGAGUCUUCACACAAAUUCAAAAAGAACAUAUUGUUGACAAUUCCCGUUUAUUGCACAUUUUAUAAAAAAAAAUAUUAUUUAUUAUUAUUUUUA